CCCUGACCUUCAUCCACUCUGUAACCUGUGAAAAAACGGAGCAUGAUCUGUAAAUGAGCACAUCUGUACCGCAGUUUUUGGGAUGGUGCAGGGUGGGCAUGAGAGACAAGACGUGGAGGGGAGGUUUCUAGAUGUUGGUGGGUGCACGUGAGGACCUUCUGGAUGGGGCAGACUCUAUGAGAUCUUGACUAGCUGAAUUCCCAGCAGGAAGCUGGUGCCCAGAGCAAGAACCCUACACGUGGCCUUCCUGGACUAACGGGCAGGAAAGGGACUUUGGGGAGGCACUUUGUAGACCACGGCAUUAAAACUGCAUAUUCGGGAAAAGCCUGUUCAGAGGCCAGACACCCCAGGCACCUGCGUGGGGGGAGGGGUGCGAGGGAGUUCGCCUUCGCCAAAGCCCUUCAUCCUCCCGACAAGGCAGGGAGGCCGAGUUCCCACAGCGGCCCUGGGACGGGAGGAGGGUCUGCGCCGUCCCCAGCCGCGGAAAUCUGGAGCCGUCCGCCUGGACCGGGGAAGUCGGGCCCGUUCGUGGACACUGGAAGAACUCGCGGGUCAGAUCCCCUGCCCUGGAGGGUUCCGACUCGUGCGUCUUCGUUGUGGGAAACCAGGGCCCGGCGUCUAAACCCGCGGAGGCCGGUGCGGCGCGGCAGCCACAAGAUGGCAGGUCCCUGAGUCCCGAGAGGACAAAAGCAGCCGCUGGCGCCCGCGCUGGAGGAGCCGCCCAGGUGGGGUCUGGCCUCGUACAGGGAGACGCCCCGCCCAGGCCCAACCCGCGGAGCCUCCGGGGGACCCCGGCCCCGCCCCCUCUCACCCGAACACCGCGCCGGGAGGCGGCCGUGGCGUCCCCGGCCCAGUGCGCAGCGGGACCCCACGGAGUUCGCGGAAAGCGUCAGCAAUGGGUCUCAGCGCCGAAGGCGGCGGAGGCAGCCCGGGCGCAGGGGAUCUGGAAUCUCUUGUCACCUAUAUCCAGAGCACGCUCUCUGCCCUGUACCCACCUUUUGAGGCCACGGCAGCCACGGUGCUCUGGCAGCUGUUGAGCGUGGCCGAGAGGUGCCACAGUGGGGACCGGCUGCACUGCCUCACCAGCUUCCUGCUCCCAACCAAGAGGACCCUGCAGCACCUGCAGCAGGAAGCCUGUGCCAGGUACAGAGGCCUGGUCUUCCUGCACCCAGGCUGGCCGCUGUGCAUCCAGGAGAAGGUGGUAGUGCAGCUGGCGUCCCUGCACGGAGUCACACUCCAGCCCGGGGAAUUCUACCUGCAGAUCACGUCGGCGGGAAAGCAUUCAGCUAGACUGGUCUUAAAAUGCCUCUCCCGGCUGGGAAGCGGCACAGAAGAGGUCACCAUCCCUGAGGCCAUGUAUGGCUGCGUCUUCUCGGGGGCGUUCCUGGAGUGGGUGAACCUCAAGCAGAGCCACGUCCCCUUGCAAACCUGCUUGCUGACCUCAGGCUUGGCCGUCCACCGAGCCCCCUGGAGCGACGUCACUGACCCUGUCUUGGUCCCCAGCUCUGGAGCCAUCCUGCCCAGCAGCCCCUCGGAGAGCUCAGUGCCCACCCAAGCCAUGGCAAGCCCCCAUUUCCAGGGAAACACCCCUUCCCCCGACACGCUGACCCCCCACUACUGCCAUCGGCAUAUGGGUGGUGACCAGCCCAGGCACCUUCCUUACCCAGAAAGAGCGGAGCUGGGAAGCCCCAGGACACCAUCUAGAAGCUCAGACAGGGACUUCGUCAAGGUCAGCCACUCAGAGUUGGGCCCACAGAUGCCCCCUGAGAACUGUGGGGGGCCGGGAAGGAGACCCGACCCCCUGGACAAGGAGGACGGCCCCACGGCCCUCACCUUAUACACAGACCCGGGCAGCCCAAGCAGCAGGCGGCGGCCGCCCGGGGACCCCACUUGCCUGCAGUCCCGACGCUGGUUCAGGGAGUCAUACAUGGAGGCGCUGCGGAACCCCAUGCCCUUGGGCAGCUCUGAGGAGACCCUCGGGGACUCGGGCCGCAGCCCCCUGACUGGAGCCGGCAGGGACCUGGAGGCUGGGGCAGCGGCCACUGGGACCCCGGAGGAAACCCCUGGCUUCCGGGGAGAUGCCCAGCAGACCCCAAGUCUAGAGAAGGAGAGGCGCAUGCCCAGCCAGGCAGGACCGGGAGUCUCAGGGCGGACCCUUCCCAGGAGGUCUCGGUCCCGGGAGAGGAUGCCCAGAAGCUCUGGGGGGGCCCAGUCUGCAGCCUGCCAUACCUCCCACCACUCAGCCUGCGCCAGGCCUGGGGGCCACCUAGGAGGACAAGCUGUGGGAACCCCAAACUGUGUUUCAGUAGAGGGUCCUGGCUGCACCAAAGAGGAAGAUGUUCUUGCGCCCUCAGCCUGCGUGAGUGCCAAUGGCGGCAGCCUCCGCUGCCACAAGCCCAGAGGGCUUUCCGACAUGCCUGCCCAGCAGCCGCACCCUGAGCAAGAAGUGUGGCCGCCCAGCACGGGGGACCUCCCCAGCCAGGUGCCCAGGCAGGUGCUGGACGUCAGCCAGGAGCUGCUGCAGUCCGGGGUCAUCAUCCUCCCAGGGACCCGAGACCGUCAGGGCAGAGCGGUGGUGCAGGUGUGCACCAGGGGCCAGCUCUGGACCAGGGAGCAUGCGUCCUGCACCGAGCUGACCCGCCUGCUGCUGUACCUCCAUAGCAUCCCCAGGAAGGAGGUCCGGGACCUGGGGCUGGUCGUCCUGGUGGACACCCGCGGGAGUCUGGCUGCCCCUGCCGUCUCCCAGGCCCUCGCGGGACUGCAGAACACGUGUCCUGUAAUUCAUAGUAUCCUGCUGUUGGUAGAUAAAGAAUCUGCAUUUAGGCCUGACAAGGAUGCAGUAAUUCAGUGUGAGGUCGUGAGCUCCCUGAAGGCCCUGCACAGAUUUGUCAACAGCUCCCAGCUGACGGCAGACCUCGACGGCUCCUUUCCCUACAGCCAUGGUGACUGGGUCUGCUUCCGUCAGACGCUGGAACACUUCACCGCAAACUGCGAGGCGGCCAUCGUUUUCCUGCAGAAUUCCUUCUGCUCCCUGAACACCCACAGAACCCCAAGAACAGCCCAGGAAGUCGCCGAGUUAGCUGACCAGCACGAGACGAUGAUGAAGCUCGUCCUGGAAGACCCACUGCUGGUGUCUCUCAGGCUGGAGGGGGGCACCGUCCUGGCACGGCUGAGGAGAGAAGAGCUUGGCACAGAAGACAGCCGGGACGCCCUGGAGGCCGCAAGAGGGCUGUACGACCAAGUGGAUGAGGAGGUGCACAGGCUGGUCCUCGCCUUGAACAACCGCCUCCAGCAGCUGGAGCACCUCCGGGAGCUGGCCUCACUCCAGGAAGGGGAUGACCAGCAAUCCUGCCAGAAAGGACUGCGGCUGGCGAAGGAAAACCCACAGUGUACAGAGGAAAUGGCCCAGGAUUUCAGAAGGGACCUGAGCGUCGUGGUCAGCCAGGCUGAAUGGAGGGAGAGAGAGCUGGCCAGCUGGACCCACCCAUCCGAGUUCCAUGAGACGGUGAGCGGCUGGAUGGGGACCCUGGACCUGGAGGCUCAUCCCGCCUCACCUGUGACUGAGUGUGUGAGGAGCUGUGACCAGGAGGCUGCCUCGGUGGCUGCAGAGGCCUUCCCCAGAGCGGGCAUGGCAGUGCUGGAGCGUCAUGCCCUGCGGAGACCGUGGGCAUUGCAGCAGGGCCCCCAGAACCGGCUUUAUCUGGAAGAGGCCCUUUUUGAGGCUGCCCCAAGCCCCAGUUCACCUCCCCUUGUCCAGAAGCCCCCAAAGCAUGAGCGUGCCCAGGAGGCCAUGAAGAGGACCCAUAGGCCACCCUCAGUCCCUAUCCAACCACUGUCCAGCCUCCCUGGACGAGCCCUUCUGUGCAGACAGGAUGGGGAGCCUCUGAGCCCAGGGCUGUGUGCUCUGUGGGACCCACUGUCUCCCCUCGAGGGCCUUCCUAGGUCAGGGGCCAGCAAGGCCCACCCGGAGGGCAGCUCUGCCUGCUCCUCUGAGCCCGCCCAGACCCCGGCCAGCCGCCCCAGGAAACAUCCCCAGAAGAAAAUGAUAAAGAAAACUCAAAGUUUUGAGAUGCCUCAGGCCCACAGUGGCCCCGGGGACUCCUGCCAGCCAGGCCACACCGAUGUCUUUAUCAGGGGCCUGGAGGUGACUAGCACUGUGGCCGCAGAGAAGGAGCCCCCGCUGGGACCAGAUGCCGGGAGCCCCCUAGUCACUCGGAGCCAGAGUCUGUCCUCUCCCUCGAGGCUCCACUCUGCUGAGGAGGACAGGAGGCGGCAGGUGGGCAGCAGCCGCCUGAAGCACAUCGUGGCCGAGAUGAUCUUCACAGAGAGGGAGUACGUGCGGUGCUUAGCAUACGUCAUCGACAACUAUUUUCCGGAAAUGGAAAGAACGGACCUGCCACAGGGCCUUCGAGGGAAGCAUGAUGUUAUUUUUGGCAACUUGGAGAAGCUCCACGAUUUCCACCAGCAGCACUUCCUCCAAGAGCUGGAGCACUGCGGGCACUGCCCCUUGGCUGUGGGCCGCAGUUUCUUGAGACAUGAAGAGCAGUUCGGGAUGUACGCAAUCUACAGCAAGAACAAGCCCCAGUCGGACGCCCUGCUCAGCAGCCAUGGCAACGCCUUCUUCAAGGACAAGCAGCGGGAGCUGGGUGACAAGAUGGACCUGGCCUCCUACCUGCUGCGGCCUGUGCAGCGCGUGGCCAAGUACGCGCUCCUGCUCCAGGACCUGCUCAAGGAGGCCAGCCGCGGCCCGGCCCACGGGCAGGAGCUGGGUGAGCUCCGAGCCGCCGAGGCCAUGGUCUGCUUCCAGCUGCGCCGCGGCAAUGACCUGCUGGCCAUGGAUGCCAUCCGCGGCUGUGACGUGAAUUUGAAAGAGCAGGGGCAGCUGCGAUGCCGGGAUGAGUUUGUCGUUCUCUGCGGGAGGAAGAAGUGCAUGAGGCAUGUGUUCCUCUUUGAAGAGCUCAUCCUGUUCAGUAAGACCCAGAAGCUGGAGAGCUGCCACGACGUCUACCUGUCCAAGGAGUCCUUCAAGACGGCUGAGAUCGGGCUGACACAGAACGUCGGGGACAGUGGCUUGAGGUUUGAGAUUUGGUUUCGCAGGCGGCGGAAAUCUCAGGACACCUACAUUCUCCAAGCAAGCUCAGCAGCGGUCAAGAGCAGGUGGACAGACAUCAUAGGGAGGAUCCUGUGGCAGCAGGCGCUGAGGAGCAGAGAACUCAGGAUCCAAGAAAUGGCAUCCAUGGGGAUAGGCAACAAGCCAUUCCUGGACAUCCAGCCCAGCAGCGCAGUGAUCAGUGGCUGGGCCCUCGGCUGCACCAUCCAAGGCACAGAGUCACAAGCGAGAGGGUCCACAGCGGUGCCCUCCUUCGACCACGCCACCCCCUUCAAGCGGCCACACUCCACCAUCUCGGACAGCAGCAACUCCUCCUCCAGCAGCCAGGCCUCCAUCCUGGGGUCGCCAGGCCUGCUUGUGUCCACGAGCCCAGCCCACCCGGGCCUGUGGAGUCCUGCCCACAGCCCCUGGUCAUCUGACAUCAGAGCCUGCGUUGAGGAAGAUGAGCCGGAGCCAGAGCUGGAGACGGGCACCCAGGCUGUGGUGCGUGAGGGGCUCCCGCUGUGCCACUGAGCCGGGCACACAAGGCCUGACAGCUGUUGGGGUACAGAUGCCCAUCAGUGGCCAGAACGAUACACAGGGAGCAAUAGGGCACGUGUCCAGGUGUUUCCCAGGAUUUUAGAUACUCCCAAAUAUUUUCAAACAAAUUUAAAGUUUUACUUAAAAAACAAGGUUUCCAUUUCCACCCAAGACAACAUUAUAGGAAAUAGACCUAGAACAACACAAGAAACAGACAAAACAUGAAACAGAAGAUGUCAAGACAGACAUUCGGCAACAAAGGACCGUGAUCCCUGACAGACAGGAGAACAGCAGGUGAUCCUGGUGAUGUCCCCGACCUCCGCCCUGAGAGCUUCCAGGCUCAGUGCAGGGAGAGCCCAGGAAGAGCCCAGCAGCCUCCAUGAGUUGAAGAAGCCAUAUCGGCAGGCGUUUGAGAUCAGAGAGAGAUGCCCGCUGGGGAAGGACUCACCCGAUCAGCCCCUCCAGCAGGGAGGCUACCAGGCUGGGAGAAACCUUUGACUAAAGAUCAGUCCCUGGUGCUCACGUGGGCUGGGGACAGGACCCAUUCCCACCAGCCAGUCUGUGAGCAUUAGGUGGAGUUCUCAGAAGGUCGUGCCUCAGGAGUGGGGAUAAUUAGCCCUAGAAUGAGUCCUGCUACUGACCUACCUCCAAAAUCAUAAAAGCAAGACUGAAAAUGAUCAAACUUUUGCAGAUAAUUCACUCCGUCCCUGAACAAAGCUCGAGAUGAUCUGUAGUUACUAAAGUGUCUGCAUCCUGCAAGGUAAACUCACGGUGCCGGACCUCAGAGUUGACAGCUUGCGGAGGUGCAUGAAGCACAGACAUGCCGGGGAGAGUAACCGCCAGGCAAGCCGACCGCCCAGAGCUGGCAUCGGUGUGGGAACUACAGAACUCAAACCGUGGCUGAACUUGCAUCCCAGACAUCCAAAAAGUUCAGAAAUCGCAUGGAAGAGACCAAGAAGACCCAGACUGACCUUACGGGGAUGAGAACCCACAAUAUUGACAGUGAAAACUACCCUGGAUGGGGGAACUGGCUGGAUUUCACAGAAGAGACUGUGAGGCAGCUUGAAGAUGCAUCAGUGGAAGCUGGUUGCAUUAGUCAGGUCUCCCAGAGAGACAGAAGCAAUAGGAGAUAGCCAUAUACAUAUAUAUAUAGAGAGAGAGACAGGCAGCUUGAAGAUGCAUCAGUGGAAGCUGGUUGCAUUAGUCAGGUCUCCCAGAGAGACAGAAGCAAUAGGAGAUAGCCAUAUACAUAUAUAUAUAUAGAGAGAGACAGAUAGAUCAAUAGAUAGGUGGACAGACCAACAGACAGAUGAAAGGGGCCUUGGGGGGUCAGCUGACACAAUUGUGGCAGGUAAAAAGCCCCACAGGCCACCCACGAGCUGGAGACCCAAGGAAGCUGCUGGUGUGGCUCAGUCCAAGUCCUAAAGUCCCAGAGCCAGGGAAGCCAGUGGUGUGACUCAGAGGCCAAAGGCCUGAGAACAUGGAGCCACUGGUGUAAGUCUGGAGUCCUGUAGAUGCAGUGAACUCCAAACACAAGAGACAUGAAUGCACAUCAUAAUCAAACUGCAUAGAACCAGAGAUAAGCAGAAAAUCCUUAGCAAUCAGAGGACAAGGGCACAUUUUGUUGGGAGGCACGAAGCUGAUGAGGACAGCCAACUUCUCGGGAGCAGCAUGGGUGAGGCGGUGCAAUGUACUAGGUAGAAAACUGCCAAACUCAAAUUCUGUGCCUGACAAAAUCUUUCCAAAAGAAUGGUGAAGUAAAGACAUUUGCAUACACACAGAAGCUAACAUAAUACGUCACCCGCAGACCUGCACUGCAAGAAACGUUAAAGGAUGUGCUUCAGGAAAAGAAAAAUGAAGAGCCUGUGCACGAGACAAGAUUUCCCUCUUAUUAUUUAACUCUCUUUAACACAUCUCCCAUUUGCCCCAAGAAAUGAGCACUGGAAGUGAGCUGCGCUUUUUUUCUGAAUGGGAAAUGGGUUAAAAGAUUAGUGGCUUGGCCAGGUUUGGUGUCUCCUGUCUCUAAUCCCAGCACUUUGGGAGGCUGAGGCCAGAGGAUCACUUGAGCCCAAGAAUUGGGGAUUAUCAUGGGAAACAUAGCAAGACUGCAUCUCUAU